AUGGCAUCGCCUAUCCAAUACUACGACAUUGCCUCUGCUCCCCCGCAGCAGACCUUCGCAGCCAAUCCAUGGAAAACACGAUUCGCCUUGAACUUCAAAGGUGUUCCAUACGAGACGCGAUGCAUCCAGAUGCCAGACAUUACCUCAGUACGAGAGAAGCUGGGUGUUCCGGCAAAUCGCACUCUCCCGGACGGCACCCCCUACCACACGUUGCCUGUGAUUAGUGAUCCCUCGACGGGAAAGCUCUUAGGGGAUUCGUUUGAGAUUGCGCUCUACCUGGACCAGACCUACCCUUCAGCUGCCACGCUGUUUCGUCCGCAUACGACCGGUCUCACUGCGGCAUUCAAUGCCCAGGUCGACGGCACUUUCACGAAAUACGCCAUCCUCUGUAGCGAGAUGCCUUUCGAUCUUAGCGUAGCAGACAAGGUCAAAGAGAUCUUCGCCGCGCGAGCUGGCUCGAUGAGCGUAAAUAUGCAACUCGAUGACAAGCAGCGCGAAGGCAUGCUCAUUGAAUUCGAAGCAUCAUUAGGCGAGCUGGCAAAAGCGUACCGCCACACGGGUGGAACGACGGACUAUUUCUGGCGGGCUGGAGGUACUGAUGAGGAGCAGAGGCAGCGUGGCCGUGACGAAGCAGGGCCAUGGUUGGAUGGCGAUGAGCCUUGCUACGCAGACUUCAUUGUGGGCGCGUGGUUGAAGAUGUUUGAGGGCAGUAUGAGAAAGGAGGAUUGGGAGUUGGUGAAGUCCUGGCAGGGUGGUUUGUGGGGAAAGCUUGUUCAAGCUCUACAGAAAUGGUCGGCCAUGAGGUAA